GAAUUGGGUUCUUCGAUAACGAGCAUGACAGCAGCAGCAAGGUGCGCUCCAGGGCUUGCGUCCACCUCUUACAAAUUCCCUUCCGUAUUGCGGCACAAAGCGCACCGUGAUUCCCGUUGUUUCUCAUCUACGUCUCGACGAGCAGCCCACUUGCGCAAUCAUUAUGCGACCCUUGGAGUUCCAAUCACUGCGACGAAGGCUCAAAUAAAGACACACUUCUACCAGCUUAGCAAGAAGUACCAUCCCGAUGUCACUCAAGACGAUGCGUCACGGGGAAAAUUCCACGCAGUGAGUGAAGCCUACGCAGUGCUUGGGGACGAUCGAAAGCGGCGAGAGUAUGACCGUAGUCUACGCCACUCAUCACCGUCACAACCAUUCCCUCAGCACCCACAAGCGACCACAACGCGUCCUUCUCGUCAAACAGGAUCACGCAAUGCGUGGCAGAAUAAUCCACGUCACCAUCAGCACCCCAAUUCUAGUCACGCACAUGACCCAAACGCAGCUCAUGACCAUCCAUGGGAGCGUGCUCGUGCUGGCAAAUAUUCGUAUUAUCAACCGCCCCCUGGCGCCCAUUCGCGCACGUCUUAUACGUGGUCGCAUACAAAUCCAUUUUCCAGCCCACACGUCCAACGAGCGACCGGUCGCAUGUCUGCAGGUCCGCCACCAGGGACAGGUCCGUCUAGUGGUGGCAGUGAAGAGACGGCUAAGGGAGAACCACGACCGGAGAGAACACAGACGGACGAGGACAUAGCUGCAGCGGAGAGUGUCGUAGGGCGUGUGAUUGCGGUGUCUGGACUAUUGACUUUCAUAUUAGUGAUAGCCCAGAUUGCUGGUGCACCUUGGGGCAGUGCGCAUGCAUGAAUGCAUUAUCUAGAACUGCCUCAUAGUCCAUGGCCCGUUAGAGGACGUCCUAUUGCUACAGUCAUUGUUCCGCAAAUAUUAGAUACAUCAAUACCUGUCACCCCGUCUACUCCACCUUCUGAGUCCUUCAGCGGGUAUUAUACUUCGUGAGCCACCCAUAAUCAGGUAUCAGUAACCUGUGA